AUGUCACUUUCAAAUAGUGCAUCAGAAAACAUUCAAAGAGCUCAAAAGGUAUUCAAACGUUUAAAGGAUGAAGAUCCAUCAAACAGAGUAUGUUUUGAGUGUAAUAGAGCUGCUAAUCCACAAUGGGCUUCUGUUAGUUAUGGUAUCUUUAUUUGUUUAGAGUGUAGUGGUGUUCAUAGAAGUUUAGGUGUACAUUUAAGUUUUGUACGUAGUUUAACAAUGGAUCAAUGGUCAGAUAAACAAUUAGAAAUGAUGAGUCAAGGUGGUAACGCAAAGGCAAAGGAAUUCUUUAAAAAGCAUGGUGUACCCGAUGGCAUUGAAAUCAAGAGCAAGUAUCACAAUAGAGGUGCUGUAUUAUACAAGGAAAAGAUUCUUGCUUUGGCAGAAUCAAAGGUUUGGAAAGAACCAGAGGAAAAACCCUCUUCCUCUUCCUCGUCGUCGUCGUCGUCCUCUGAAACAAAGACACCAAAGAAAUCACAAUCUUCACAACAAUCCAAUAGAGGUUUUGAAGGUUGGGAUGAUUGGGAUAAUGCUAGUGCAAAUACUUCUUCUCCAAAACCAUCUUUAAAAACUUCUUCUUCUUCUUCUUCUUCUUCGUCUUCUUCAAAGAAACUUCCAUCUUCUUCCUCCUCCUCUUCAUCCUCAUCAUCAUCACUUAAAACAUCUGGUGGAUAUAAUACUGGUGCCAAAUCAUUCUCAUCUGAUAGUGGUAGUAACAACAAUAAUAGCUACAACCAAUCAUCAAACAGCAGUAACAAUAACGGCAGUGGAUCAUAUGGUGGAGGAUACAACUCUAGCAGUAAUUCAAGAUCCAGUAGCAACAGCAAUAGUGGUGGUGGAUAUGGAAACAGUAGCAAUAGUGGUGGUUAUGGAAACAGUAACAAUAGCGGUGGAUAUGGAAACAGUGGAGGAAACAAUUCCGAUCACUCUGCCAGAUUAAAACAAUUUAGUAACGCCAGAUCAAUUUCAAGUGCUGAUUAUCAUGGUGAAGAGAGAGGUGGAGGUUCCUAUCAAUCAAACAACUACAACUCCAACUCUACAUUGGAGUAUGGUAUGUCUCUUAUUGGUGAAGGUUUCAAUAAGCUAUCAACUGUUGCCAAUUCUGUCUCAUCAAAGGUACAAGAUGGUACUUUACUUCAAGAUGCAUCAUCUUUAAUGACAACCUACUUUCAAAAGGCAAAAGAAAUUGUCAAUGGAUAUGAAGGUGAAAACUCUUAUAAUGGAUCUGGAGGUGGAUACAACUCUUACAAUUCUUACAAUAAUAAUAAUAACAACAAUAAUAAUAACUAUAAUAAUAAUAAUAAUAAUAAUAAUAAUAAUGGCGGAAACUAUAACAACAAAAAUAAUAAUAGUAGUAGUAACAAUAAUAAUAACCAUAAUAAUAAUAAUAAUAAUAACAGUGGUAGAUCAUCAUCAUCAUCUUCCUCUUUUGAAAAGAAAAAGAAUGUUUCAGAAGAGGAAUUUGUUGGAUGGGAUGUAAAGGAUAAUGAUGAAGAGGAAGAAGAGGAUGAACCUAAAAUUGUCAAAGGUGGCAAAAAAUCAAACUCUUCAUCAAACUCAUCUUCCAAGCAUUCAUCCAAUAACAACAGUGAUGAUGACGACGACAAUGAUCAAGGUAGCAAAGGCAAACAAAAUGAUUGGGUAUGGGGUGAAGAUGAUGCUCCUAAAAAACAAUCCAACAACAAUAACAAUAAGAGUAAUCCAACGAAAUCCGGAAAACAACUAAAAGCAACAGCAACAAAGAGCAGUGCUGGCGGUAAUGAUGAUGGUUGGGAUAAUUGGGAUGAAUAA